UAGCUCCGUUCCAGGGUCUCUUCUCAGUCAGUGUUGUGUCUGUGGAGCUCAGAGCGGCUCCUCAGGAUGAAGGUGUGUGUUCUACUCCUGUGUGUGUGCUGCCUUUGCUGGAGGACACAGGCACAGCCCAAAUCGUAUCUGGUGACAGCUCCCUCCUCGUUCCGCGUGGACGCGGUAGAGACCGUGUUUGUUCAGCUGUUUGGUUACACGAGGGAGGUGACGGUCUUUGUGUUCCUGAAAGACUCCAUGGCUCCAAAUCAUAAGCUUCUGUCCAGAGAUGUCCUGACCCUAAAUGCCAACAACAAGUUCCAGGCUUUAGCCAAUGUUCAGCUCUAUCCAAACGUGCUGACAAAGGACAUCCAAAAGGUCGUUCUUCAUGUCCAGUCAGAUGAGAUCAACAAUCACGUUUUUGUCCCAAUAAGUCGCUCCAACGGCUUCAUGUUCAUCCAAACCGACAAACCUCUGUACACGCCACAUCAGAAUGUCAAAGUGAGAGCCUUCUCCAUGAACCAGGAGCUGAGGCCAGCCAAUCGCAGCGUCUUCUUGACCUUCAAGGACCCUGACAGAGUGACAGUAGAUGUUGUAGAGAUGGUUGACAUAAAUAACGGAAUCCCAACGAUGCAAAAACGCUUCAAAAUCCCCAUCAAACCAAAGUUGGGAAUUUGGACGAUUGAAGCUUCCUAUUCAGACGACUUCACAACAACAGCAGUAACCGACUUUGAAGUAAAAGAGUAUGUUCUCCCCAGUAUUGACAUCAACGUGCAGCCCAGUUUAAACUUCAUCAGUGACACGAACUUCAACAGUUUUGACUUUAAGAUAUCUGCCAGGUAUGUUCAUGGAGCUCCGGUGGCUGAUGGGGAAGUCUUUCUCCGCUAUGGCUACGUCAGUGGAAAAAAUGCUCCAUUCAUCAUUCCCAACCUGGUUAAAAGAGAAAGGCUUUCUUCUUCUGGGGAAGUGGAAGUAAAUUUAAACAUGCAGGAGGUCCUGAGCAAGCAUGACGGACCGAGAGAGCUCAGCAGCCUGGUUGGAAAGUAUUUGUACAUGGCAGUGUUGGUACAGGAAGAAACAGGUGGCAUCAGUCAGGAAGCAGAGUUUGCCUCAGUGAAGUUUCUCAAGUCGCCUUACCAUCUAAGCCUAAUUUCUACUCCUCCUUUCAUCAAACCUGGACUUCCGUAUAACAUCAAGUUGCUGGUCAAGGAUCACCUUGACAAGCCAGUCAACAGGGUGUCUGUGGAGCUGGUGGAACAACGGCAGAUCACAGAGACAGGGGAGACCAACGUGCUGAACUGUGGAAACAACAACCAAUUGAGAAGCGACUCUGAUGGUUUCAUUUAUUUGAUCUGCAAUCCAUGGAAGACCUCUGUGAAGGCGGUGCUGAAGUUUCAGACAGCAGGCCUUGCAGAAGCUAACCGGGCUACUUUGACCCUGGAAUCUGUGGCCUAUCAUUCCCCAAACGAGCGGUACCUCUACAUCAACACGCCAAUGUUUGGUAAAAGCUUGGUGGUGGGCAGAGACACCCAGAUUCAGGUGCAAACGGCCUCACCUUCAUACUUGAACAUUCAAGCUCUCAACUACCUGGUCCUCUCCAAAGGGAAGGUGGUGUUUCACAAAAGUGUGGACUUUGUCCGAAGUCUUGAUGGAACAAACAGUCUGAACUUCAUGGUAACACCAUCCAUGGUGCCAUCCAUCAGGCUUUUGGUAUUCUACAUUCUGCACGGGGAGGGAACCUCUGAGCUGGUGGCCGACUCUGUCUGGAUAGAUGUCAAGCACAAGUGUAUCAAUGGACUCGAGACCAGUGUGACUGUAGAUACAAGAAUCCACAAGCCAAAGGAAAACCUCAACAUUGACAUCAGGGCCAAUCAGCCAGGUCUGGUGGCCUUAUCAGCAGUGGACUCCGCCGUUUACAGUAUACGCCGAAACUACAAAGACCCAAUUUCCAUGGUUCUGCGUCACAUUGAACAAAGUGACCUAGGCUGUGGUGGAGGCGGGGGCAAAGACAAUGCAGAUGUCUUCCGAUUAGCUGGCCUAACCUUUUUGACCAACGCCAACGCUCAGUCAACAUCUGUUGAUGAACCAUGCACAGCGGCUGUGCGUUCUAAACGAGCACUGAGUGACGAGGCCAAGGAAGCAAAAGCUCAGAGCUAUGGCUCCUUGAAACCAUGCUGUGUGAAGGGGAUGCAGUACAUUCCCAGGAGUGUGACCUGCCGACAGUAUGCCCUGCAGUAUAAAAAGUUAACCCACCGCUGCAGAGAAGCCUUCAGAGAAUGCUGUGAGUUCUACCAGAAAAACAAGGAUGAUGGAGACCUGAUUCUGGCACGCCACAUAGGUGUUAACUUUGACGAGGUCCCUCAGGUGCGAAGUUACUUUCCAGAGAGCUGGCUGUGGGAGGUGCAACCCAUCAGCUCAGGCAAGCUGUCAGUCAGCGGGAAACUUCCAGACUCUCUUACCACCUGGGAAAUUCAGGCUGUUGGGAUGUUUCCCAGUGGAGGCAUGUGUGUUGCAGAUACGGCAAAGGUGUCGGUGAAUCUGCCGCUCAGUGUGGACAUACCCCUGCCUUACCAGGUGGUCCGAGGGGAGCAGGUGGUGCUGCAAGGUUCUGUUUACAACCAGCAGGAUAAAAGCAUUAAGUACUGUGUGACCCUGAUGGCCGGGCCGGCGGUGUGCCUGCUGCAGUCUCAGCCGGUGUCUGGGCAGCCGGGGCUGCACUCCACAGGCUGUAAAUGGAACUACCUGUCUGCAAAUGGGGUGGGCAAAGUCGUAUUUACCCUCCUGGGGCUGGAGCCUGGGAUGCACACCCUGACCUUCACGUUGAAGACAACUGAUGGAAUUCGGGACAUUUUGGAGAAAAACCUGCGUGUAGUGCCAGAAGGAGUGAGGCGAGAUGUGGAUUCUGGAGGUAGUCUUGAUCCACAGGGAGUCUACGGAUCUAAAAAGCUGAAAGUGGUCCUGCAUAACCAAAUGCCAGCAAACGUGGUUCCUAACUCUGCUGUGCAGAGAAUGCUGGCAAUAAACGGGGAGCUUCCAGGAGAAGUCGUUACCGUGCUAACCAAACCAGAGGGCAUCAAAACGCUCAUCGACUUGCCUUUGGGCUUGGCCAUAGCAAAGCUCGACACUCUGUUCCUGCUCACCCAGGUGUACCUUUACCUGGAGACGACAUCGAGCUGGGACCUGUUUGGAGCCAAUUCCCAGAAAAGCUCAGCUGAUCUGAAACAGAAGAUUCAGGACGGUCUGAUUGAUCUCAGUUCAAUCAGGAAUGGAGACUCCAGUUACAGCACAUCAAUAAAAGCAGAACCGAGCACCUGGGUCACGGCGAUGGUGGUGAAGGUUCUGGCUCUAGCAGAUUCUGUGAUGUCGUUGGAUCAUCAGUCUCUCUCUGAGUCUGUAACAUGGCUGAUUUCCAAGACUCAGCAGGCGGACGGGUCUUUUUCUGAGUUAUCCUCCUUCAAACCCAACAGAGCCAUGGUCGAGGGGGCUGAUCCCAUAGAAAAAUCGGUGUAUGUAACAUCUAUUGUGCUCAUCGCCUUGCAAAGAGCAAGCGAGAUCAGAGAUGAAAGACUGCAGCUCCGAUUUCAUGUCAGCAGUAGACGCUCAGCUGCAGGAUAUCUCUCCCAGCAUGCCAGAGAUGUGAAGAGCGUGUACGUGCGGGCCGUGGCGACCUACGCCCUGACCCUUCAUGACCCCAACAGCAUAGCGGUGUCUGAACUAAUCAGCAGCCUUGAGAGCGUAGCUCGACAGAAAGGUAACCCUGUGGAACUCAGAUAUUGGCAGGAGGCCGAUGUGACGGCAGACUGGAUAAAGCCUGACCAGUCCAGUGGUCAGACAGUGGAGACAACAUCAUACGUUCUGCUGACUAUGCUGCUAAAGGGGAGGAUCCCUUAUGCAAAUCCAAUUCUGUCGUGGCUGACUCAGGAUCAGUACUACGGCGAUGGCUUCUUCUCUUCAACGGACAUGGUCUUGACUUUGGAGGCACUGACCGAGUACAAAAAGUUAAUCCCACGAACUGAACUCGAUCAGCAAAUCAACAUCCGCUACAACAGAAAGGGAGAGGUGAAGAGAGUUGCCCUAAAUCGCAGGCAACCUGUGGUUGCCCCCAUAGAGAUUUCCCUGACAGAUGACAUCACUGUGUCCACGGGUUAUGGGAAGGGAGUGUCUAAUGUAAAGCUGAAGACGGUGUUCUACCAGACAACAGCCUCCCUACAGACCAGAUGUAACUUUGAGCUCAACAUUGAGAUGUCCGGCUCCAACCCCUCAGAAAGUUCUAGCACGGAGGCUCCUCACCUGGCCGCCUGUGUGAAGUAUAAGCCUCCUUUAAAUGAGGUGUCGACUGCGUCUUCUCUGACGGUGCUGAAGAUCCAGCUUCCAACAGGUGUGGAGCCGUAUUUGGAAGACCUACGACAGUUCAUGGACCCAGACAACCCCAUCAUAUCCCACUAUGAACUCCAGGGAAGCACAGUGGUCAUCUUAAUGGACACAGUUCCCUCAGAUAUCUUCCUGUGCGUUGGGUUUCGGGUCAGAACCAGGUUUAAGGUGGUUGGCGCCAGCGACUGCCUGUUCACUGUCAGUGAGCGACAGGACAGAGGCAGCUUGUGCACCAAAGAGUUCUCCCCCCAGCACCAAAUGCUUCAGCGCCUCUGCCUGGGCGAACAGUGCCAGUGCAUGACGGCUGCGUGUGCGGCCUACAGAGGAAACGUUGACCUCAGUCUGACAUCAGUCCAACGGAGAGAGGAGCUCUGCCAGCCGCACGUCAAAUACGGCCUGAUAGUGGCGGUGAGGUCAUCGGCCUCAGAAGGAGACUUUAUGAUCUACUCUGCCUCUGUGGUUGAAGUCCUCAAGAAUACGGAAAAAGAUCUUGAGGCUUUAAAUCCUAAAUCUGAAGUGGAGCUAGUGAAGAAGGCGACAUGCACCAGCAUCAACCUUCAAGACAACAAACAGUAUCUGGUAUUUGGAUCCAGAGGCUCAGAAGUCCAAAAUGGCAGACACUUCAAGUAUCGCUUGGCCUUGGAUUCGGAGGCACUGGUGGAGCUCCUGUCGACAGACUGCAGCUCUGACUUGUGUCAGAAGCACCAAGCCCAGAUGGAGGAUUUUAGUGUUUACUUUAUGCUGAAUGAAUGUAUCUGAGCUAAAGUCUCGACUGAUGUUUGUCUGUGAAAUUUCAUUUCAUAAAAAUGUUAAAAUAAAGAUUUAUAAUCUGUAAACAUGAA